AGGACCUUCAGCAAGUUCACGCCCUUCGCGUCGCCCUACCCAAACCCCGCCCCCUGCACUUCCAGGCUCCGCCCCCGCGUGCGGGCCACCUUCGCUCCAGGGCUGCCCCUGCUCCCGCCUCCACCCGCCUGGGCGGCCUUGGAGCUGUGCCGAAACUCCUCCAGCGAACAUGGCGCUCCGAGCCGCACGGAUCGUGCGGGCCGCGGCCUGCAGCCUGCGCACCGCGUGGGCGCCCGCUAUACCCUGCCCGCCGCGGCCCUGGGGCCUGAGGGCGGGCGCCGUCCGGACGCUGCGCACUGGUCCCAAUCUGCUGUUGGUGCGUAAAUUCACAGAGAAACAUGAAUGGAUAACAACAGAAAAUGGUAUUGGAACAGUGGGAAUCAGCAAUUUUGCACAGGAAGCAUUGGGAGAUGUUGUUUACUGUAGUCUGCCUGAAAUUGGGACAAAAUUGAACAAGCAUGAUGAGUUUGGUGCUUUGGAAAGUGUGAAAGCUGCUAGUGAACUCUAUUCUCCUCUGUCAGGAGAAGUAACUGAAAUUAAUACAGCUCUUGUAGAAAAUCCAGGACUUGUCAACAAAUCUUGUUAUGAAGACGGUUGGCUGAUCAAGAUGACACUGAGUAACCCCUCAGAACUAGAUGAACUAAUGAGUGAAGAAGCAUAUGAGAAAUACAUAAAAUCUAUUGAGGAGUGAAAAUGGAACCCACCUAAAUAAAGUAGUCUGAAACAACUUAUCUAGCAUAGUUGUCUUAACUUAGUGGUGGAUAAAAGAUUUAAUAAUUCCCAUGAAAAAAGAAACUACAACAAUGCUACUGGACGAACAUACCACUUAACCAUCUAAUGAUGGCAGAUAAACACAAUGUGCAUCUUUUCCACAACACCCUAUGGUUUUUAGGCUAGGCUACAGUUAUAAUAUUCAGAAUUCCUGAAAUUAUCUGUGGUAAAAUUUAGUAAUAAAAAUUAUCUAUUUCAAGGAUAACAUUGUUAUCGUAAGCUUUAUAUAAUACUGUAACUUGCUUACAUUUGUCUUUGGAUUUGGGUCAAAAUACUUGAUCUUUCCAUUGGAAAUAACAGGCAGUAGAGAAAAGUUUAUGUUGUCACAGUGUCAGAUGAUGAACAAUACUGUCUUAAUUUAGCAAUAUACUGAGUUUGCUGGUGCUAUUUUUAUACACUGAAGUAGCAGCCUUGCAGGAAAAUAAGGAAGUUUAAUAAUAAAACAUUCAACUUCA